AUGUCCUAUUCGUGGGUAGGGGCGCCCGCCGAAUUCAAUGGCACCAACCCAGAGACCGGAGGAGACUCCAGCACCGAGAACCUGAACCAAUGGUAUCAGUCGGGCGACCAAGCAUUCAUCCUCAUUUCAGCAUGUAUGGUCCUACUCAUGGUUCCUGGCAUCUCCUUCUUAUAUUCCGGUCUAUCGCGGAGGAAAUCCGCCCUCUCGCUCAUAUGGGUCACCAUGAUGUCUUUCAGCGUUGUCGUAUUCCAGUGGUAUUUUUGGGGUUAUUCUCUGGCGUUCAGCCAGACCGGCACCAGCGGCUUCAUCGGUAACCUCCACCACUUCGGCCUCAUGAACACGCUUGCCGUACCUUCGCCGGGGUCUCCGUUGAUUCCGGAACUGCUCUACUCUUUUUACCAGAUGAUGUUCUGCGCCGUAACCGCAGCCCUCGUCAUUGGGGCCGUCGCCGAACGCGGCCGCGUGCUCCCGGCCAUGGUCUUCAUCUUCUUCUGGUGUACACUCGUCUACUGCCCGCUCGCGUGCUGGGUCUGGAAUGUCAAUGGCUGGGCUUUCAAUUACGGUGUCCUCGACUAUGCGGGUGGUGGCCCCGUCGAGAUCGGCUCGGGCCUGUCCGCCCUCGCUUACUCGUGGGUGCUCGGCCGACGCCACGAGAGGAUGAUGCUCAACUUCCGUCCUCACAACGUCUCCCUCGUCACCCUCGGCACGAUUCUACUGUGGUUCGGCUGGCUCGGUUUCAAUGGUGGCUCGGCUUUCGGCGCCAACCUCCGUGCCACCAUGGCCUGCUGGAACUCCUGUCUGACGGCCAUGUUUGCCGCAAUGACCUGGUGUCUGCUUGAUUUCCGCCUCGCUAGGAAGUGGUCCAUGGUCGGCUGGUGUUCGGGUGCUAUCUCAGGACUGGUCGCAGCUACCCCUGCGUCUGGUUUUAUCCCGCCCUGGGCUUCCAUCAUUCUGGGUGUCGUUACUGGCGUCUGCUGUAACUUCGGUACCAAAAUCAAGUUUCUGCUCAAGAUCGACGACUCGCUCGAUGUUUUCGCCGAGCACGGCAUCGGCGGUAUUGUCGGACUGAUCUUCAACGCACUGUUCGCAGCCAACUACAUCAUCGGACUGGACGGCGUCAACGAUGGCGUGUACCCCGGUGGAUGGCUCGACCAUCACUACGCGCAACUCUACAUUCAAAUCGCCUACAUCGUGGCCACUUGCGCGUACGCAUUCGUCAUGUCAGCCAUCAUCGCCAAGCUGAUCGACUUCGUGCCGGGCAUGCACCUGCGCGCGUCCGAGGAGGCUGAGCUGCUGGGAAUGGACGACGACCAGCUGGGCGAGUUCGCCUACGAUUACGUCGAGGUGCGACGAGACUUUUUGGCCUGGACUCCGGCCCAGGAGACUCCCACCGCAAACGGCAGCCGGAUCGUGCCACAACACGGCACUGCGGAACAUCAGGACAUGGCCCACACGUACGGUCACUCCUUAGAGGCGGAGCAGGAGAAGAUGGGUGCAUCGGCCCGCGCUCCCGCCAAGGCGAAGGCUGCGGAGGCCGCGGCGGCCCGGGAUUCGUCCGCGCCGGGCUCCAGGGGCUCACAUUCCACAUAG